AUGAGGGGCCUCACUCACUUGGUGUCUGCUCUGCUGGCAGCUGUUUCCUAUAUCCAGCCCGGUCUGGCACAGACCCCCUACACCGAUGCGAAGACCGGGAUCAAGUUCUCAACGUGGAGUCAAGGCAGUGGUUACACCUUUGGUGUUGCACUUCCUGAGGAUGCUUUGACCAAGUCCGCUACAGAAUACAUCGGUAUACUAAGGUGCACCGCAGGAUGGUGUGGCUUGUCCCAUGGGGAGUCGGGUCAAAUGACCCAAGCUCUACUACUGGUGGCGUGGCCUUACAAAGACCAAGUCGUUACGUCUUUCCGAUACGCCACAGGGUACAACCUUCCAGAAGUCUACUCUGGGAAUGCAAAACUGACACAAAUAUCUUCAUCGGUCAAUGGGUCUACCUUUGAGGUAAUUUAUCGUUGCGAGAACUGCUUUUCUUGGAAUCACGAAGGCGCCACUGGCUCAGUAUCUACGAAUGAAGGGUUCCUCGUCCUAGGAUAUGCACAGGCUAAGGCUGCUCCCACAAACCCGAGCUGUCCAGAUUCCGUAUUCGGACAACACAGCACCUUUGGUCAGUACGGCGCCGAGAUCAACAAUACAGUCAACAAAGAUUACACCAAGUGGGCAGCGUUGGCUACCAAGACAAGCAAUGGAGCUUGUGGGGGAACGACAACCACUACUACCACUUCGCCGACGGGGCCGUCGACCACGAGUUCUGUGCCUGGACCAACAGUGACUUGUGUGGCUCCUUCUAGGGACACUUACGACUAUAUUGUUGUUGGCGCCGGCGCAGGUGGAAUUCCUAUUGCAGACCGCUUGAGUGAUGCGGGAAAAAGUGUACUGCUCAUCGAGAAGGGCCCGCCCUCUUCCGGAAGAUACGACGGCACAAUGAAGCCGCAGUGGCUUGAUGGAACUAACUUGACACGUUUUGACGUCCCAGGCCUUUGCAACCAAAUCUGGGUUGACUCAGAUGGUGUAUCUUGCAAAGAUACAGACCAGAUGGCUGGAUGCGUGCUAGGCGGCGGCACUGCUGUUAAUGCUGGGCUUUGGUGGAGACCCAACCCGGCAGACUGGGACGAGAACUUCCCACCAGGCUGGCACUCGAGAGAUGUUGCCCCUGCCGAGAGCCGGGCAUUCGCGCGUAUUCCGGGGACAGAUAACCCUUCGCUGGACGGAGUUCUUUACCAACACGAAGGAUUUGAUGUACUCAGCAACGGAUUUAAACAGGCAGGUUGGAAGGAAGUCAAGGCCAAUCAGCAGCCGACCGCGAAGAACCACACGUACGGACGCACGAACUACAUGUUUGAUCACGGUGAGAGAGGCGGACCCAUGGCUACCUACCUCCAAACGGCAUUAAAGAGACCCAACUUCGGUUUGUACGUAAACACAAUUGUCAAGAGAGUCGUUCGCGAUGGCGCACAUGCGAGCGCCGUCGAGCUGGAGUGUAAUGGAAACGGAGGCUACGUCGGCAAAGUCAACCUCACCCCAAAGACUGGUCGAGUUAUCUUGGCUGCGGGAACAUUUGGAUCCGCAAAGCUACUUUUGAGAAGCGGCAUUGGCCCUGCUGAUCAACUGGCGAUUGUCGCUAACUCUUCUGAUGGACCUACUAUGGUCUCGAAGGACCAAUGGAUCAAUCUCCCAGUCGGUUCAAACUUGGUCGAUCAUCUUAACACCGAUGUCUACGUCACCCAUCCAGACGUCGUUUUCUACGACUUCUACGCGGCAUGGACGGACCCGAACCCAAAUGACAAAGAAAAGUACAUGAAAAACCGAACAGGUAUUUUUACUCAAUCGGCGCCAAACAUUGGUCCUAUGUUCUGGGAUGAGAUCAAAACGUCAGACGGCAAGGUCCGACAGCUACAGUAUACUUCUCGUGUCGAAGGCGAGGACAAAACCGGUACUAACAAGACAAUGAUCAUGAGCCAGUACCUUGGCAGAGGUUCCACAUCGAGAGGCCGAAUGGCUAUCACUCCUCAGCUCACCACGGUUGUAGCAGAACACCCAUACCUGCGUACCGAAGGCGAUAAGGAGGCAGUCUUGAAGAGUCUCGACAACCUCCGAGCGGCUUUGACACCAGUCAAGAACUUGACCUGGGCUCUUCCGUUGGCCAAUCAGACCACGGCGAAUUACGUAGACUCUUUGGUAGUCAGCGCAGCUGCGAGGCGGUCAAACCACUGGAUGGGUACUGCCAAAAUGGGACUGGAUGACGGCCGUGUCAAGAACGGUACUGCUGUCGUCGAUGUCAAUACGAAGGUAUAUGGAACCGACAACAUCUUCGUUGUAGAUGCAUCCAUCUUCCCUGGCAUGUCCACGGGUAACCCAUCAGCCAUGAUCGUCGCUGCUUCGGAGUAUGCUGCGGAGCGACUUCUUAAACUUACCACAGCGGCGGCGAAACGGAACGUGGAAGUGCUAUCUUGA